AUGCAUGGCCAGUAAUGCAGCUGGGAGUACUAACAUCUCUACUAAUCUAUUCAUAAGUCCAAGGUUUCUUAUCAGGCCACAGGAUGUUCGUACACAAAUCAGAUUUAACGAAUCUCUCACAUGCGAAGUAGAGUCUUACCCAGUCCCUAGUUACUCUUGGAUGAAAGAAGGCAAUGUUGUUGGUCCUAGUGAUUACAGGUAUCCAUUCUAUCCUGUUGAGUUUGGGGAUGAAGGAGAGUAUACUUGUAUAGCUACCAGCAAUUCUCUGAGCAUAGACUCUUCCGCUAUAGUUCAUGUCUCACCUCUACAUAGUGCUAGGACUGAUCCUAAUGUCACUAAUUCAGUUGUUAAUACACCAGUCACAUUCAACUGCUUAUCUCUUGGUGGACCAAACAACAUGUAUUAUUGGGUCUAUGACCGCACUAGUGAGAGAUUAUCAAAUGUCAAUGAACUGAAUGUUACCAGUCAUGCUAGUCGUGGUGGGUCUUAUACUUGCACUGUAGGGAAUCAGGCUGGUUAUGAUCAUGCCAUUUCUACACUUAAUGUUGCUCCUGAGAUACUCAUUCAUCCUAGUCCACAAAAUGUGACACUAGCAGUUGAGAGCAUAACCCUCUACUGUCUGGUAUCCGGUUAUCCUUUUCCUCAAGUUGAGUGGUAUCUCAAUGAUACUCAAAUCCUUCCCCAGUCUGAUACUCGUGUUACAAUAACAACAGUCAAUAAUCCAACCUUGAUACCAGGCUAUGAUUCUAUGGGAGAGUUUUCAGGUUCUGGUCUCUCUGACUUUGGCCUUGGAUCUGGUGGAGAUAGCUUGGACAUUCGGAAUCCUUUUGGGGUUAAUCUCGACGUAGGUGAUAUAAAAGACCCGUUUGGUACUGUUUCAAGCCAGCUGGUUAUAAAGGACACUACAAUAUCAGAUUCUGGAUUGUAUCAUUGUGAAGGUGUUAUUGACAAUUUAUUCGAUGAUAAACCCAGUCAACCUGCUUUGGUCCUAGUACAGA